CUCUUAUCUAAGUGAUAAAAAGACUUAGGUAAACUUAAUAUAUCUUAUUAGUACUUUAGACCAGUUUAUUUUGGCACCCUGAUUCAACGUCAGAGGUUUUCUUGCUCCCUGAGGGCCUGUCAACAUCGAGAACCCAAUAGUUUAAUCUCCUAUUCCAUAGAAAAAAAGUCUUCAGAAUUGACGAUGGGGUAAUUCCGCUCUUUCAUCUGCUUUGGCAGUCGUCGCUCGUUAUUUUAUCGUCAAUAUGCGUUUCGCGCUUCUAUGGUCGCUGCUUGCGGCGGAUGCUGCGGCCGCCAGUGUAUGUAAACCUCGCCAGUCAAGUGGUUCAAUCACGGCUGCGACCGCUGAGAUUGAGACUACGACGACAACUUCUGUCGAGUUAUCCACCAGCAUCGCGACGUCGACAGUGGAAGAUGUAACCAUCACCGAAGCUGCAACCACUGUCGACACCAGCACCGAAACCACUGCUUCAACGCUCACAGUCGCCGAAACAACAACAAGCGACAUCGCCGGUCCCCUCGAAACCUUCAUUCUCGCCGCAAAGGUCGAGGGCGCCGUCAGCGAAGAGCUCUCAGGCGCAGACCGCGAUGGUUCGCCGGUAGUAUGGCCAACACCACGCUUCAUCGCCAGCGGUCCAUUGAUCAUCUCCAUCGACUCCACGACUAGUUAUCUCCAAACAAGUGGCGGAUUCUACCUAUGUGUUGCAUACGGAGAUGGUACUACACCCAACGGUGUCAAGCUUUGCAGUGCCGAGUCGCUGAACAAUCCUGCAUUUGGCGCCCUUACGUGCGAGCAGACGGAGGAUCGGAAGAUUGCAUGUGAAGCUCAAGCUGGACAGUGCAUUAGUGAUGGUGAGAAUAACGUAUGCUCUCAGCUUCCGGGGACGUAUGAUCAGUUCUACUAUUACAGGGGACUCUUUAAUGGGGUUUAUCUCGGUAUUGGGUAUGCUGUUAAUACCGAUGAGAGCCAGCAUCCUGUUGAGCUCAAGGCCAGACGAAGCAGUGCAUGAUGCAUUCAGUUAGCUACUUAAGCAUACAUCAUCUAGAAGAGAUAAUGAAUAACUGCCAUAAA